AUGGCCGCGCCCAAGAUUACGCUGUAUGUCGAUACGAUCAGCCCGUUUACAUACAUUGCGUAUUACAUCCUGCGGCACGAUGAGGUCUUCAAAGGCUGCGACAUCACCUACGUACCCAUCUUGCUCGGUGGGUUGAUGAAGAAGUGUGGAAACACGCCCCCGAACCGGAUCCAAAACAAACAAGCCUGGAUCUACAACGAGCGCCUACGCUGGGCAGAGCUCUUCUCCGUACCCAUGACCGUGCCGCUGCCGCCUGAUUUCCCCGUGCCCACAGUGCCCAUCAUGCGGGCGCUCUGCGCACUCGCGGCCGCGGACGCCGCAGACGCUGCCUCGAGCGCCACUCCCGCGGGGACAACAUCACAGCAGCAACAACCACGCCUCAUCAAAGCACUGGACGCGCUCUACGCGCGGUAUUGGGCCGACGCAGUGGCCAUCCACCACCCGGAGGUGCUUCGGGAGACGCUAGCGGGUCUAUUUGGGGCUGAUGAAGCCGAGAGAAUCCUCACCCAAUCCACAACCCCCGAAGUCAAACAAGCCCUCAUCAACAACACCGACGCCGCCUUCGACUCCGGCGCCUUUGGCCUCCCCUGGCUGGUCUGCACCACCACCAGCACCGGCACCAGCGACUCCAAAAAAACAGAAGCCUUCUUCGGCGUCGACCACCUCGGCCGAGCGGCGCAUUUCCUGGGGUUGGAGAGGCCUGGGUCUGGGUCUGGAUCUUCGGCCACUUCUGGGAAGGGAAGUGUGAGUGGGAAUGGAAAGGCGGAAGGCGGCGCGGAGGGAUGGAAGGCUUUGCUGUAG